AUGCUUCCCUCGACGCCCACCCUGUCCGAUAACCGGCCCCGGAUUCUCGUGCCAGAGAAGGUGUCUGCCGAGGGCCUGGCGCUGCUCCAAGAGCUCUACAAUGUCGACAACCGCAAGGGGCUGACUGCCGACGAGCUCAUCAACAUCAUCCAGGCCUACCAGGGGCUCAUUGUGCGCUCCGAGACCAAGGUCACGGCGGCCGUGCUGGCCGCCGGGCAGAAGCUCCGCGUCGUUGCGCGUGCCGGUGUGGGUGUCGACAACAUCGACGUCGACGCGGCCACGGCCAACGGCAUCAUCGUGGUCAAUUCGCCUAGCGGCAAUAUCGUGGCGGCAGCCGAGCACACCAUCGCGCUGCUGCUCGCCGUGGCGCGCAACGUGGGCCGGGCCGACGCUACGCUCAAGGCUGGCCUCUGGGAGAGGAGCAAACUCGUCGGCGUCGAGGUCGGCCGCAAGACGCUCGGCAUCAUCGGCCUCGGCAAGGUCGGCAUGAAGGUCGCGCGCAUGGCCAUUGGCCUCGGCAUGCGCGUCACGGCGCUCGACCCGUACGCCAGCCCCGACAUGGCGCGCCAGGCCGGCGUGCAGCUGGUCUCGGCACUGGCCGACCUGCUGCCCGUGGUCGACUUCCUGACCAUCCAUACGCCGCUGCUCGCCAGCACCCUCAACCUGCUCGGCGAGCCCGAGCUGCAGCGCAUGAAGCCGACCGCGCGCGUGCUCAACGUCGCCCGCGGCGGCGUCUACAAUGAGGACGCGCUGCUCAAGGGGCUCGACGAGGGCUGGAUCGCCGGCGCCGGGCUCGACGUGUUCACGGCCGAGCCGCCCAAGCCAGGCUCGGCCGCCGCGCGCCUCGCCGCCCACCCAAAGGUCGUCAGCACGCCCCACCUCGGAGCUAGCACUGUCGAGGCCCAGGAGAACGUCUCCAUGGACGUCUGCACCCAGGUCCUCGAGAUCCUGCGCGGCGGCCUCCCCACCGCCGCCGUCAACGCGCCGCUGAUCCUGCCCGAGGAGUAUCGUCGGCUGCAGCCUUAUGUGCGCCUAAUCGAACGCAUGGGCUCGCUGUACACGCAGCACUUUGCUGGCGGGCGCGGCGGCAGCGGCGGCGGCGGCGGCGGCGGCAUGAUCGGCGGGCGGCGGUUCGAGCUCGUGUACCGCGGCGAGCUGGCCGGCAUCAGCAACACGCGGCCGCUGUUCGCGGCGCUCGUCAAGGGCCUCGUCAGCUCCAUCAGCGACGCCGGCGGCCGCGACGUCAACAUUGUCAACGCGACCAUCAUCGCGCGCGAGCGCGGGAUUGCCAUUGACGAGAAGCACGUCCGCGACGACGCCGCAGGCGGCAGUGUCGUGACAACCUACGCGAGCCUAGUGACGCUGCGCAGCCGCGGGCCACACCCCGAGGCCACGCCUCCAUCAUCUCCGGCAGCCCAGCCGGAACAACAACAACAGCCACCACAACGCCAGGUAGAAGAGGAGCAGGUGAUCGAGGGCUAUGUCAGCGGGAAGGCCGUCUUCAUCUCCAAGUUGGACCGGUUCGCAGCUAACUUCCACCCGGCGGGCACGCUUCUGAUCUUACACAACUACGACGAGCCCGGCAAGAUCGGCCAUGUCGGCGGCGUGCUGGGCGGCCAUGGCGUCAACAUCUCGUUUAUGCAGGUCGCCGGGCUCAACGAUGCGGCGGCCGCCGUUGCAGCAGCUCCUGCCGCUGCCACGGUUGAUUAUGGGCCGGUGCUGCUGGAAGGUGAUGGUCACAAAGCCAGGGAGGCACUCAUGAUCCUCGGCGUCGACGGCGAGGUCACGCAGGAGGUGCUGGAUGAUCUGCGCAAGGCUGAGGGGAUUUUGGAUGUCAGUCUGGUUAAGCUCUAG